AUGCGGAAUCACAUCGUGUUUUUGUUCAUGUUUAUUGUUUCAGUUUCAUGUCUUGGAUGUCUUCAAGCUCAUCAACAUGACCACCACCAUGAUCACGAUCACGAUCAGGUUGAUAAUCCAUCAUUCAAAUAUUCUCGACAAGCAAAUGAACAACAUCAUCAUGGACAUUCACAUGAAGCAGCAGAAGAAGGCCAUCAUGGACAUUCACAUGGUGGAGACGAGGAUGCACAUCAUGGACAUACACAUGGAGGAUUUGGUCAUUCACAUGGGGAACAGAUGGCUCAUGGGCAUUCGCAUGAAUCUACUGGUCAAAAGUAUACUCAGUUUCCUCCUCCACACUACAAUGAUGGAGUUGAUGAUGACGAUGAAGUUGGGUUAGCACCACCAUUUAGUGUAGUAUCUUACGCAUUAUUAUCAACAUUAGCAAUUAGUUUAGCUCCCGUUGUCGUUCUCCUAGUCUUACCGGUUCAUAAUGAAAAUUCUUUAAAAAUUUUAUUAAGUUUUGCAUCUGGUGGUUUGUUGGGUGAUGCAUUUUUACAUUUAAUACCACAUGCUGUAUCAUCGUACCAAACUGAUGGUACAGGUCACGGGCACACUCAUUCACAUUCACAUUCGUCAUCGACAGCAGAGAGUGGCGCUCAUCGUCAUGAUUUAGGAGUAGGAUUAAAUGUAUUAGCCGGAAUAUUCUUCUUUUUAAUUGCGGAAAAACUCGUACGACAUAUCAAAGGUCAUGGACACAGCCAUUCACACACUCACGUUUCUGGAAUUUCCGUAGAGAAAACAUCAAAUAAAAAAGACAAACACAGUAGUGACGAUGAGCAUAAAAACGAAGAUAUAGGAACAACGGAUGAUAACAAUAAAAGUAAAACGAAAAAAACAAAAGAAGGAAGUGACGAAGGUUUAAAGUCACGAAAAACAACAGUAACACAACCAAAAAGCUUGACGAAGGAAAAACAAUCUGUAGUGUCGAAAAAAGAACAUGAACAUACAAAUGGUACGGAUGAAAAUAAUAUUGCUGUUGCCUAUGUAUAUAAAUAUCUAAAUUUAGAUGUUGUUAAUGAAAUAAAAAUAUCGGGUUAUUUGAAUUUGUUUGCUGACGCUCUACACAAUUUCACGGAUGGCUUAGCAAUUGGAUCAUCUUAUAUAGCAGGACAAAGUGUUGGUCUCGUCACAACAUUUGCUGUUCUUCUUCAUGAAAUUCCACAUGAAGUUGGUGAUUAUGCUAUUUUAGUACAAAAUGGUUGUAGUAGAAAAAAGGCCAUGUUAUUACAAUUGUUAACUGCUGUUGGUGCAUUUCUGGGCUGUUUAGUUGGUCUUUUAUUUCAUUCGACGGGUGCAGAUCUAUUUGCUACACAAACAUUUUUACCAUUUACAGCUGGUGGUUUCAUUUAUAUUGCUACUGUCUCCGUUAUACCAGAAUUAUUAAAAACAAAUGUUGGUUUGAAACAAUCAGUGUAUGAAAUCGUAGCAUUGGUUGUUGGUGUACUCAUUAUGAUAGGUGUUACCUUUAUUGAAUAG